GCCGGCUGUGUGCAGACGGGAGUAGCGGCCGCCUGGAGCCGCCAGAGCGGGCUGUGCUGGGUCCUUCCCGGACGACAGCCGGACCGCAUCCUGUGAGGUCCCGGCGACCAGGUUCCCGGCGCCGCCGCCUGUGGCGGUUCCUCCUGCAGCUGCUUCUGUGCCAGGAUUCUGUGACAUUUGAGGAUGUUGUCAUGAACUUCACUCAGGAAGAAUGGGCUUUGCUGAACCCUUCUCAGAAGACUCUCUACAUUGAUGUGAUGCUGGAAACCUGCAGGAACCUCACUUUUAUAGGAAACAAUUGUGAAGAUGAGAGUAUUAAAGACCAUUGUAAAAGUUCUGGAAAAAAUCUAAGAAGUUUCAUGUUCAAGACAUGCUGUGAGCAUAAAGAAGAUCUUCAAGAUGGAGAGACUUUGACUUGGCUAGCAAAUGCCAAUAUGAUCCUGAAAGUGUACAGUGACCUAACACCAUGUGAAAGCAAUGUGUAUGGGAAGGUUUCCAUGUGUCAUCCACCCUUUAAUAACCAUCCUACCUCUUACUCUCAGUAUAAAUCUCAUGAGCAUGAGGAGUAUGGAAACAAGCUGCAGAACUCUAAUUCUCUCACAAGCUGUCAAAGACAUAUGAGAACUCACACUGUGAAUGGACCUCUGGAAUAUAAGACAUGUUUCAAUCUUUUUGAUCUCCAAAGUUUGAUGGAAGACCAGGAAACACACAGUGCAAAAACAGUCCACCAAUUCGAAGAAUAUAGAAAGGCCUCUGCUUGUGAGAGUUCACUUUACACAUCUGGAGGAACUCAAACUGUCAGAAAGCAUUAUCAGUGUAAUAUAUGUGGGAAACAGCUGAGUUCUUCCAUUUCUCUUCGAGGACAUGAAAGAAUUCAUAGUGGUGAAAAACCCUAUGUAUGUAAACAGUGUGGUUUAGAAAUCACAGUCCUCAAAGCCAUGAAAAAAUGCAUACUGAAGAGAAAACCUAUACAUGUAAAGAAUGUGGUAAAGUCUUUACACGACACAAGUACCUUCGGAUACACGAAAAAGUUCAUAAUAGAGAAAAACCAUAUGAAUGUAAAGAAUGUGGUAAAGCCUUUAAAUAUAAUGGGUCUCUUCGAUUACAUGAAAAACUUCAUUCUGGAGAAAAAACAUAUGCAUGUGAACAAUGUGGUAAAGCCUUUAGAGGUAAUGUCUUCAGUCACAUGA